AUAAGAAGGACCCUUGCCCGAAACGUCGCUUUAUACACCCCCCCCUCCCCUAGUAAGUCAGUGUGAUUGACGAGCGUGUUGCUGCUUGUGCUCGCACACGCGGCUCACGGUACCCUGACCCAACGUGGCCGCCCCAUUGCCUCGUACGAGGAGGCGGGCGGGCGGCCUUCCCGUCCACGCCGGCGGGGGCAGCGGCUAGAGCAGAGCCCCGCUGGAGGAGAAGACGACGACGUGGGGGAGAAAUGAGGAGUUGAAUCCCUAGUCCAGAGCACCCCCCCCCCGCAGCCUCGCCUCGUCCCCCCCCCCGUGGCUCAUGCGUCUUGGCUGCGCCCUGGAUGCGGCAGGCAUCGCUGGUGUCGCUGCGCUGGUGUCUGCACCUCGGCGCGUUCCUCCGUCCACCGCCACCACCGUCGUUGCUGCUGCUGCUGCGAGGACACGCGGCGGUCCGCAUGGCCACGCCGUGCUCCGCAACUCUCGCCCCUUCCCCUCCUCCUCCUCGUCCCCACACCUCCAGCCCGCCUCUCGCCCCUGACUGUGGCCGCGACGCGGUCGCUAUGGAGAAGAACGGCGAAGCACGCGGCCCCGACGGGAAAGGGGACAGCCAGGGCCCCCAGGAAAAGGGGGCCUCGAGGGGUCUUCACGGCAACGGGCACGGCAGGGGCCCGGCCCCCCGUCUCCUCCUGCAGGAGGAGGAGGCACAGAGUCGAAGGGGCCCCGAAACUAACGGGGAGGCGCCGGGCCCCGCGGAGAACGGGGACAGCAGCCAGGGGGUGCAGCAGCAGAAGGAAGGGGGGGGUUCAGCGGACUCCGAGGGGUCGCCUGUGGCCAAGAGGGCCCGGCUCGAGGGGGGCCCCGAGGUAGCGAGGAAGAAGUUCCCCAAGAAGAAGGUGGCGCUGCUCGUGGCCUACUCGGGCAAGGGCUACCACGGCAUGCAGCGGAACGCAGGGAACGCGGCGUACCGCACCAUCGAGGACGAGCUGGUGGAGGCGCUGGUGCGGGCCGGGUGCAUCCCUGACAACCACGCCGCCGACAUGCGCAAGAUGUCCUUCCAGCGCUGUGCGCGCACGGACAAGGGUGUUUCAGCCAUUGGGCAGGUGGUGUCCCUCAAAAUGUGGCUCAUCGACGAUGUUGUGAACAAGAUCAACGCCCACUUGCCCCAGCAGAUCCGCAUCAUGGGCAUGCAGAGGGUUACGAACGGAUUCAACUCGAAGCAGCUUUGCGACGCGCGCACCUACAUCUACCUCCUGCCCAGCUUCACGUUUGGGCCCAAGGGACAGGGCGAGUGGGACGGGGAGGGGGAGCGGGACACGGCGUGGGAGGAGAGCUUCCGGCUGCCGGAGGAGACGCUGUCGCACGUGAACGCGCUGCUGCGGCGCUACGUGGGAACUCACAACUUCCACAACUUCACGUCGGGCAAGGGCGCCCAGGAGGCGAGCGCACGGCGCUACGUGACAGAAGCGUACUGCCAGCCGCCGUCGCUGCAACAUGGGAUCGAGUUUGCGCUCAUUCGAAUCAGAGGCCAGAGCUUCAUGCUGCACCAGAUCCGCAAGAUGGUGGGGCUGGUGGUGGCGGUGGCGCGGGGCCACGCCGGCGACCAGCGCAUGCAGGACGCCUUCGCCAACGACAAGCUCGACGUACCGAAAGCGCCGGGGCUCGGGCUGGUGCUCGAGCGCGUGCACUACGACCGCUACGAUUCGCGCUACGCGGGCGACGGCGUGCACGCGGCGCUCGCCUGGCCCGAGCUGGCGCCGGCGCUGACCGAGUUCGCCGAGCGCCACGUGCACGCGGGGAUCGUGGCGGCGGAGCGCGAGGAGGGCAGCAUGCGGCGCUGGCUCGGCACGCUGGACAAGCACGACUUCACGAGCAGCCUCGCGCGCGCCGUACACAGCCAGGUGAAAAGAGAAGAUUCGGACGGCAACAGCGAAUCGGAGUGAAGUUGUGUUCGCCCGGACGAAGCUGGAAGAUUUCAAAAAGGCUUCCCAUUGUGGAUGUUCCGAUCCCACUGACGAGACCUGGAGUCAUCAGCGCCGGCACCGCGCUCCCUUUUUAAUUUUUCACAGCUGAGUGGGGAGCGGAGUGUCGCCGUGACAGUUUCUCAAAGGAUUAAAUGCUCAGAGCGUUUGUAAAAACACCUCGGCCCCUGUGUUAUUAUUUUUGUAAAUUUGCGUUUGCGCUGCGUGCUGCUGCAUUCGUCUGGAGCGGCGUUUUUUGUUAUUUUUUUGUUGAAUUCUGGUUGCAUUUGUAUUUUAUCCUCCAGGGUUAAUGUUAAAUGCACUUAUUCAUAAAAAAACACCCAACA